UGUGUUCUGGGCCUGCUGCCAAAAAAUAUGAUAAUAUCAGUUGUUACUAAAGUGUACUCUUUUUAAUUAAGAGAAAAUGCACAAUUGAUGUUUGAAUGUCUUUAUUAUACAACAGGUGUAGCCUCAGAGGAAGGUUGACAAUCAUUAUUUUAUUGAAAAUAGUAAUAAUAUCAACAGAGGGAGUUGAAUAUGCAGAGCCAACAUGCAGCUGAAUCAGUAAUGGACCACCUUCAGGACAAAGACGCGUCAUGAGCAGCUCUAUCUUAUCUCGCUUUGCCCUUUAUAGACUUACCUCUUACACCGCCACUUGAGUUUUGUCGGACGUUUGCCUUCUUCAAAGACUUGAACAUGUCCACAGUAAGACUUCUGCUAUCUUGUCUGCUUUUCAAGCUGGUUAUCGCGCUGUCGGGGAACUUCUGGCACAUCACGGACUUGCACUGGGACCCUUCAUACAAACUGACAGAUAAUCCUGAACUUGUGUGCGCAUCAAGUGGCAGACGACCUGCAGCCAAUGCGGGGAAGUUUGGGGACUAUGCUUGUGACUCACCAUGGCUCCUUAUAAACUCAUCUGUGUAUGCCAUGAAGGAAAUACUACCAGACCCGGACUUCAUCGUAUGGACAGGAGAUGACACGCCACAUGUACCAAAUGAGGAUCUGGGAGAAGAAAAAGUGGUCAACAUCAUCAGCAACCUAACCCACAUUAUUAACCAGGUGUUUCCAAACACUAAAGUGUACUCUGCCCUGGGCAACCACGACUAUCACCCUAAGAGCCAGCUGCCUGCAGGCCCAAACUACAUCUAUGAGCGAACAGCAGAAAUGUGGCAGGACUGGUUGGAUCCAGAAUCACAGAAAACAUUUAAAAAAGGUGGAUUUUACACAGAGAAGCUGCUGAACCGAGCAGGUUUCAGGAUGCUGGUCCUCAACACCAACCUCUACUACGACCAGAACAAGCUGACCCGCAACACCAUCGACCCAGCGGGACAGUUCAUCUGGAUGGAUCGGGUUCUGACACAGGCUGCUAUAGACAAAGAAAAGGUUUACAUCAUUGGCCACGUUCCUCCUGGUUUCUUUGAGAAGAAGCGAGGAAAGCCGUGGUUCAUGCCUGAGUUCAACAGUCUCUACUUACAUUUAAUACAGAAGCAUCAUUCAGUCAUACUGGGACAGUUCUUUGGUCAUCAUCACACCGACAGCUUCAGGAUGUUCUACAGCUCAGAGGGUUCUCCUAUUGGUACCAUGUUCCUGAGUCCAGGUGUCACACCGUGGAAAACCACUCUCCCUGGAGUGGUGGAUGGAGCCAACAACCCUGGGAUCAGACUUUUUGAGUACGACACUCAAACACUCCUGGUCAAAGAUGUGGUGACCUACUAUAUGAACCUGACGUACGCUAAUGCAGUCCAGGGACUCUGGGAGAAAGAGUACCGGCUCACAGAGAGCUUCAGGGUAGCAGACGCCUCCCCGGCCUCCAUGCACCAGGCCCUGCAGCGCAUCGCCACAGACCGCUGCUACCUGCAGAAGUACUACGAGUUCAACUCGGUCAGCUACGACCUGUCAGAGUGUGACAGAGGUUGCCGUGCCGACCACGUGUGUGCAGCCAGAGAGGUAGACUUUGACAGGUAUGAACGCUGUCUGGAGAGAGAAGGGGCGGCUGCCGUUUACGGCGGGAUGCUACCGCUUCUGUCUGUGGCUGCCAGUCUGCUGUUGGCCAAUCGGUAAUGAUUUUAUUUUAUUUAGUGUUUAUUUGAUGUGGACAUAGCAAUUACAUUGGACAGACCAGAUGCAUUGUUUAACCCUUAAUAGGGCACUCAUCGAAAUACUUGCAAAUUCCAGAUUUCAACCCGAGAGAAUAUUGGAGGAUAUUACAUACAGCCAGAAUGUGUAU